GGAUCAAUAAGAAGAAUAAUAAGAAAACUCUCCAAACCCUAUUCUCCCAAUCCUCUCAAUUCUCGUUCCCAAUCCUUCUAAAGGCCUAGGCCGAUUCUCUAUCUAUCUUUCUCAAAUCCUUAAUUCUGUUCUUAAUUCCUAAAUCCCCAAUUCCCGAUAGAACCCUAAUCACAGGUUCUAUCAAUUGGUAUCAGAGCCAUGGUCACGAGUUUGAGUUCAUCACAACUCUCACAAGGGAAUUGUUAUCAGAAACCCUAUCACACGUUUGAAGCUCUCCAAGCCAGUUUAGCUAGAAGGGAAGCUCACACCGACUAUAUGAUAGCAGGCCUGAAAGAACUUCGAGCCAAACUCGAGCGCUAUGCGGCCCGUCGUCGCGCGACCCGCAACCAGCCAGAGUCGACGUCGAAGGAUUCAUCAGCAUCAGCCUCCAUUGAAGACACUCCUGCUAACGUGGAGUUUGCUCCUGCUGCCGUGGAAAUCAGCUCAAUCGGCGCAGCUCCUCAACCAGCUGUGACGGCAGAAUCGUCAGAGGUGACGGCAAAUGACUGCUCGGCAGUCACGGAGGAGGCUGCAGACGACGACAAAGUGGAACAACAGUCCUUGACCGCGAGCGAUGAGGCCGCCGACAAGACUAAGGCGACUCAGGAACCACCACCGGCGGCGGCUGAAAUCUUUGUCAUAUUUCUCCCAGCUAUUGUCGAGAAAGGAGAUUCGGAUACCGCUAACAAGGACGAGCAGCAGCUGCUUCAACAGACCACGUCGUCUCAUCAGCAACACCCACCAACAUUGCGGCAGUUUCAAGGAUCGCCAUUCCCUCUACUGGGAAGGACGAAUCGUGCCCUGAGGAGACUUCACUGGAUCUGAAGUUGGGAGAAGAAUUGCAGGUAAAGUCAAGAACCACCCCAACCCUAUUAAAAAUCCCAAUCGCUUGCUGGAAGUUUAGGAAGAAAGAGAAGUUGACGAAGAUGGAAGAGGCGGCGAAGAGCUACCGGGUUGUCUCACCGGAGAACAACGCCAUGUCGGAGAAGAAGCAAGAGCGAUCGGAGUUGCAAGUCGCAGGAGGAAACGACGAUUGGUGGCAGUUCGAACCGCGACGUCGGCGACAGAGAAGAAGAAGCCGCUGAAACAAGAAGAAAAUGGGAUUUGUGCA